AUGGGACGCGAUUUUGUCCGAGGUUCAAAGGAUAAAUGGUUAUGGGGAGCGGAUGUUAAAGAUUCCUUCACAGUGGCGAUGGUUAAACAAUUAUAUAGAGAGGAUAAUGAGGUGGGCCGUGACCAUAAAAUGCGAUGGGAGUCUUGGGUGCCGUCGACGGUGAAUAUCUUUGUUUGGAGAGCUGAAAUGGAUCGUAUUCCAACUAAAGCGGCUUUGAUUAGACGAAGGAUAAACAUUCAAGAUGGUGCGUGUGCCUUGUGCGGUUUCGGAGAGGAAGACGUGAUGCAUCUUUUCACGGGGUGUAGUUUUGCUUUUGGAGUCUGGGAUUCAGUUGGCCGUUGGUGUAAUAUUAUGCCUAUUAUGGCUUUUGAUUUUAAAGAUUUGUUGGGCAUUCACGAGCAGGUUUCCGGGUGCAAGUGGGCGAAAAAAGUGAUUAGAGGUAUCGUUAUGAUUUCUUGUUGGGUGUUAUGGAUAAAGCGGAAUGAUAAAGUUUUCCACGGCUCUUCUCCGAAGGUUGUUGAUGCGGUUGCUUUAGUCAAAUCUGGGUCUUUUUUGUGGUUAAAAAGUAGGUCUAAAUUUUCCGACUUAUUAUGGAAAGACCGGGUGCAUAAUCCUUUGUAUAUGAUGUAA